AUGUAUAUACAAGUACUUAUCUUCUAUGACAUUCAAGAUGGUAUCUGUUCAUAUAGACUUGGUGUUUAUGGUUUUUUUAGCAUCUGUCUAUUUAUUGAUAGUGGAAUAUUACCACUAUUGUUGAUGCUUAUUGUUGGAUAUCGUACUAUAAAAAAUAUUCAACAAAGUAAACGAGCAGCUAGACCAUUAGCUCCAGUUAAUAGAGUUCGAUCUGCAGAAUUUACUGGAAUCUCACGAAAAGAUUUACAUUUUACAACAAUGUUAUUUAAUCAAAUAUUACUUUGA